GAUAACUCCCAGGUGUUCCAGGCCAACGUUCUGCGAACCCGCAGGAACAGCACCACAGUGAUGAGUCGCCACAGCCUGUUUGUGCCAUCAUCUCCCCUCCGUAUUCCUAGCAGCCGCCUUCAUCAAAUCAAACAGGAAGAAGGAAUGAAUUUGAUGAACAGAGAAACCGUGCGUGAAAGAGAAGUGCAAGUAGCAAUGCAGAUGAGCCACUCAUGGGAGGAGAGCUUAAGCCUGAGCGACAAUGAUUUUGAUAAAUCAUCAUCACCAAAGCAAGUAGACUUUGUCCCAGUUUCUCCAGCUCCUUCACCUACCAGAGGAAUAGGGAAGCAAUGCUUCUCACCAUCUUUGCAAAGUUUGGUGAGCAGCAGUGGGUUACCUCCAAGUCCCAGCCCGAGUCCCACCAGGCGGUUUUCAAGCAGGAGAAGCCAGAGUCCAAUCAACUGCAUUCGACCAAGUGUUCUUGGGUCAAUCAAAAGGAAAGGUGGAACAGAAAUAGAAGAUCAUCCAAAAAGGUUAUUCCAAGGAUCCACCAACAUGCUUGCCUCUGAAGUGUCUCAUCAGGCAGACCUUGGGGGAUGUCUGUCCUCACAUGCUCUUGAUGACAACAGAAGCAGUGCAGGCUCUUCCUGUGACUCACCAGCUGAAGUUGGCACCAACACAGACUCUCCAGUCUCACUUCCUGACUCCAGAUCUCCUUUUUUACCAGUAGAUCUUGCAGCUAAAUUGCCAAUUAAUUAAGAAGCAGAAGUCUGCUCAUGGACACCAAGGAAAAGGCUGACUAUCAGUAAGACUUCCUCGUGUGUGUAACUGAUUCUGUUCCUCAUAGGAACUUCCAGAAAUGUCAUGAUUUCUAGAAAACUUCCAGAAUAGUUCCUUGAGGAGGAAUUCACAUUUCUAGUGAUUUGUAUGACAUUUACUAAAAUAUAGUAAGCAUUUGAAUUGCAAAUAUAAGUGAUGCUAACAG